AUGACUUGUAGCAAGGGAAGUGAAGUGAGUUACAAAAACUGUAGUGAGAUAAGACAUCCAAAUUGUAAUAAGACUCAAGCAAGGGUUUUUGAUCAAAGUCAAACGGACAAGGACAGGACAUGGGUAUGGAGGACCGGAAAAGCUAAAAAGGCCUUGGAAGUAAAUGGAUGGCCUUCGGACGACUUGGACAAGCACACAGAACUUUUGGAAGCUAUAAAGAGGAUAAAGAGAACUCAUUGGAUAUCACACAGAGUUCACCUUGUAUCAGUAGCAGUGGAGGUGGAUGAAGAGGAAGUACCUCAAGAACACUCAUCUGAACAAGAUGCACCACCAUAUCUACAAUAUGACAUGUCUCCUGCUACCACAAUGGAAAAUGCGAUUGCGAGAGGCAUAGAAACUGCACCGAGAUGA